AUGAGGUCCCCGCUCUGCGUGGGGCGCCUCGUGGUCCGGGCCGACAUGGAGAAGAGAUGGAAAGAAGAAGAGACGGCCGCGAAUCCGUUCUGUACGAAGCGGUGCAUCGCGACGGUGAAAAGCGAGCCCGACGCGUGGGAACCGCUGGAUCCCGAGUCUGCUGCGGCGCAUCAAGCUCAGCCGUCGGCGCUGGAUCAAAAGGAAGCCCUGCCCGAUCCCGAAACUCCCCACGACUACGACAUUGGGAACUACGUAGACUGUAGGCAUUCGAUAAGUGAUGAAAUUAAGUAUAAACUGCUUACCCAGCCGUGGACCCCUCAUCCGAGCUACGAGUUCCCGGUGUAUAAAGACUCGGAGAACACGUCGCGAAAAUUUAAUUACUCGUGGCUGAUAAAUUAUCCGUUCGUAUCUUAUAGCGAGAAAUGCGCGGGCGUCUUUUGUCGUGUUUGUGUGCUGUUUGCCCCAAUACAGGUAGGAGGCCAGAAACUGUCUACGCUGGUUUCUCAGCCAUGCAAGAAUUGGCAAAAAGUUACGACAAAAUUAAAAAAUCACACUACAAAAAAGUUUCAUGAAGCAGCCUGUUUGGAAGCGCAAAUAUUCAGCGAAUGUUAUGAAAAAACCUAUAAAAUUCUCAUACACACGCUGGAUGAAGAAAGAUGUGCCCAGGUAGAAGAAAACCGAAAGAAACUUGCACCUAUCAUUGAGACUGUGGUGUUUGCAGGGGGAGAUUCAGUGGCACACUAAAACGGGUACUGCUGGUAUGGACCAGUUUCAGCAGAGCGUUCCAGGUCUGGAGGUUGGCCGAAAGAAAGUGCAAAAAUAUUUGCUGGAGAAAGAAGCAGAGUGUAUGUUGAAACACAAUUGCAAGAGCAAAGGAGCUGUGCACAGAGCAGAUAAGUAUGAAGAGAUGGAUGUGAAAGAGCCUUGAUAGUGAGAACAAGAAAAUUGACCUUGAGGCAAUUAAAACAGGUAACCAAGGGAAAGAUUUAAGGAAGGGUGAGGAAUGUGGUCGGAGAGGUGAGUAGGGAGGUGAUUUCAACAGUAGGGGCCUAUAUGGGCAUGUGGGUUUUGGAGGAUCCAGAGAGGAAAAAUCAGGCUGGGAGAUAACGAAGGCCUGAACAAGAGUCUUAGCUAUUUUGAGUAAAAUGAUCUCAGAAAUGUUAUGGGGAAAGAUAUGGACAUGCAGAUCAAGGGACAAGAGACAAAAAAUGUGCAUCACCUCCUCUUUCUCCUGUUAACUGUCCUUAGGAACCUGGAGGGUGGUGCUAUCUUAAUGACGGAGGCAAGUUUAACUGUGAUGGCUUUUAGUUGAUAGCAAGAUAUCAAGAAGUAACUGACAGAGAGGGACUGAAGUGCAGAUCAGAUGGAGGGAGUCAGGUAAGACAUGAGGAGGUAGGAUUGCAUGCAAGUCAUCAGUGUAAUUUGAAACUGGGUAGACGAGGUCAUCCAAGGAGUGAAAGAGAAGAAGGGCCAAGAAUGGGAUAUAUGGAAGAGCAUCUGCAGAAGGAGCGACUAGAAAGGUGGAAAGGGAAACAGAGGAGGACAAGAGUAGGGCAGACAGUGUCAAAAGAAACAGAGAGCAAUGCAGGAAAAUGAGGGUGGAAUACAGGCCCUAGAUUUGCCUGUGCAGAGGUGCGUAUACUGUGUUUUACUUUUCCAUGUUAGCAGGUGAAUAUGGCUGCAUUUUGACUAAAGACAUGUAGUGUUAAGGUCUGCUCUGAAACAUGAUCCUACCCAGAAUGGUGUUGUGCAGUCUCAAAUCUAUUCUCCAAAACUCCUGGGUCAGAUCUGCUUCUUUUACAAGUACAUGCAUGUUUGUUUGCUUUUUAUAACUACCAGCACUGCAAAUUUAGCACUAGAAAGUCUAGUAGUUCUGCAUCUGGCAUUUUCAUCAUCACCACUAACAAGGAUUUUAUAAUUAAUGUCUGCCCUUGGGUAUGUCUGGGCAACUCUGAUAUCAUCUAAACACGCGCUGGAUUACACCUCUGCAACUCCUUUGCAUAGGUGUAAGAAAGGAGGUCCUGUGACUGGAACAUGCAGUCUGCUGGUGUUAACUAAGAAAGGAACCCAGCUCAUUCUCCUUGAGCUAUGGCAGUUUGACAGGACAGAUGGGAGCAAAAGCCCCUUGUUUUCAUAACUGUGAGUAGAUAAGGACACAAAGGUAACAGGUCUGCUGAGUAGGAAGGUGCAUAUUUACCUAUGCUCUUAAGAGAAGCUGCUUGCUUUCAGAAAUGGUGAAAACCAACACUUAUGUCUGGAGGUUUUGAAUGGUCUGUCACUAGUAAUCCCUACAUUCUCAGUAAUAAACUUAGAGAUGUGUCAUCUCUUCCCAUUUUUAUCAUUUUAUUUGAAACAGCACUUGAUAUCUAGUCAGUUUGGUUGUUUCUCCCAUAUAAUGAACUUUCCCUGUUGCUGUGUAGAUGCCCUGUAUACUUUUUUUUUGUAAGUAAUGUUCAUGAACAUGCAUAGUUGGUAGCAAGACUCGGGGCAAAGGUUGUCAUCUCUGAAAUUGUUUUUUAGCUUGUUUUUAUAUAGUUGUAAUACAGGAAUCAUGAAAGCUGAUAUAUUCUCUUAAGAUCCAGUUUCUUUUCAUAUCUGCCUUCAAAUCUUUUAUUCCACUAACAGUGCCCGUCUUGAUAUGUCUUCUAUGUAAUGCUGCUUCUGUCUUCAAAUCUCCCAUUCUAUUCUCAGACAUGAAGCACUAGUUCAACCCUCUUCUUUCAGAUAACCCCUAAAGAAUUCCCCUGUAUGGACAGGUUGUAAAUACUAAAAUACUAAAAAGAGAGGAAGGAGUGAGCAAUGAGAAAGAAGACAGAGAUCAAAUAAGAGGGAAGGAGUGGCCAAUGAGAAAGUAGACAACUUAUGUUUAAAAUACAAAAAUGUCUUGUGGCACUAUCAAGUAAUCUCCAUUUUGUGACACGCUUCACACAGUGUUUGCUAUGGUGGCUAUUUGCAUUAUUUCUAUAAAUAGCAUGUAAGAUGGUUUUGCAUGUCUUUUGAUCUGUAAUGGCCUUCACAUGUUUUGAGCCCUGUUUAAAUAAGCUGUAUACUAAAUGGAAGAAUAUAGCACCUCUGGUUAUUUUAAGAAAGCUCCUUUUCUUCCUCCCCCAUAUGUUCCUACUUUUCAACCAGCUGUUACAGAGGUGGUGCUGGGCUUUGGCGCUAGUCCUGCCCAGCCAUCUUCUGCAGAUGGGAGAGUCCCUCAGAUAGUGUGUGUUAGGGAAACAAAUUAUGAGACUCUUGGAAGAAACCCAAAAGCGAGAAAGUCCAUCCACUUGCAUGCAAAGAGCAGAGUAAUGUAGAUGUUAGGUUAGAAACAAAUCCUGUUGCUCCUCUAAAUCAAGCAUUUGUUCAAGUUAAAACUUUGGAAUUAACUCAAAACAGUUCUUAGAGGACAUUUAUCUGUCACAAAAUCACCAGAAAGUAUAGUGUCUCUGGCCACGAGCAGGCCAGAACUGAAAAAGAGAUAAGAGGAGGUUGCAGAUCAGAAUGUUGUUCUGGUACAAUUGUGUUUCCAUACCAGGAGCCCGUAUCAUGGAUGUCUCUAGUUACUAGCUAUUAGUUUAUCUUGCCUCUUAGGAACUGAAAUAAGUACGAGCACUGUAAUUUGAAUGAUAAAAUGUAUGUCAAGUCAAAAUGGAGAGGCUUAUUGGAGAAGUCCUCUUUGAUAGUCAUCCGAGAACAUAAGAGAAGUCAAGCUGGGAAAGAACUGCUGAAUCAUCCAUGUGUGUGAAAAGUUGGUUUUGUGUUGCAAGGAGACAUGGCUUGGAAAGAAUGGCUUGCCUCUCCUCUUUCACCAGGUUACUCCCUGGCUCCUUCCAGUUUGUCAGCAUGUGUUAUAAAGUCAGUGCAGUAUGUUAGGAUAUAGUAUGAUUACCGUGUUACUUAUUUUCAAAUACAGUGUAUUCUUUUCUCUAUGUGGUGUGACCAAGCUAUGCUAUGGAAAUGCUACACUGGCCCCCUUGAAUGAAAGAAGGGGCAGGAUGUUACAAUUAGAAGUUUUGUUGGAAUUUGGGAUUAGAUUCCAAGUUCCAGUGCUGGGAAACAGAGCGUAAAUGUUACAGUUCAUGAGAGGCUGGACUACAGAGAAACUGUACAAGGAGAAUUAACUACUUGUCUUCAGUGGCGGGAACCCGAUCAGUCAGUUCAUAGGCCGGGCUAAGCCCCUCUUGUAAGGUUGCAACCAUACGAUAUUCAUACGAUUAAUUGUGAUAAUUUGAUUUCCAACAGGAUCCCAAAUCCUGGUAGAAGCGAGGUUUCAACUUCCAGACAAAUCUUUGCAAAGGCCGUUUAUGUGGCCUUAGAGAAAUCGGGUAGCAUUAGGGAGGGAAAUCCAUGGCAACAAACAAGGAAAGGAAGGAGAGCAGAAUUCCUGAUGGGGGAUGAAAAGGAAAGUCUGAGUUCGGGAGGUGAAUCCAAGUUCUCUUCAGUUGACAUUGCGCAACAUUACUAUUUCAGUUUGGUCAUUUUCAGCUGUUGUGUUUCUGCUCCUAUAGGGAUGUGGAAGGUACAUUUUUGGCAUUCAAAUAUGCAAACAAUUGGGUUAUUUUCCUUCCUAUGAAACCAUGUGUGUACAACCAUAGUGCAAUACAACGGGGACAAGCUGCCCUAGUAAUACCCAAGCUAUAAAGGCUCAAGACCAGCUUUGAUGGAAUCUAUACAGCUGGCCUAGCCCACCUGCUGAAGCUUUCAGACCUACUAAUGUCGAUUCAAUGGUUCUUCCACAACUGUGUGAUUAAUUAUUUUAUAGGCUUUCAAAUGGCAUUGGUUUCAACUGUUAGUGUGAGGUUUCUGAACCUAGCCAGAUCAAGUCAUGGAGAAAGACUCACUGGUUCUCCAAAGUGUGUGGCUGGGCUGGUGACUUUUUUUCUUUUAAGUAGGACUGUUGAUGCUUGAAGGGAUCAAACAAGCAGAAGAAUUCAUUGUGGCAAGUGCCUGCUUGGGGUUAGUUUCAGUAAGUCUCUUAUUAUCGGACGGUUUUCCAGGUGCGGUGUUGCCUAAGUGCCCACUUGAAGGAUCUGAAAAACAAACUUCAGCUGCCGUUAUAUUGCUGCAUUAUCUCCACAUUAACUUUUACAGGCAAACAUUGCUUUUGGGCUUAUAUGUGGGAUAUACCCCAGUGACUUUAGUGGAAGCUUUGUACACUUUAUGACAGUAUUGACUUGCACCUAAAAUAUAUAGCUUGUGCUUGCUCAUGUGCAAUCUCUCUCUCUCUAUAUAUAUAUAUACACAUGCUGUGCUUGGCUUGUUUUGGUUGCACCUGAUGAAGACUAUCAAGCGUUCAAAAGCUUGUCGAACUCUAUCCCAACUCUAGAGUUGGUCCAAUAAAAGCUACCAGCAUAAGAAAUCCUCUCCUCUCCCAUAUGUAUAUUUACACUUUUUGGAUCGUCUGUAAAGUGCUAAUCUACCCUGCCAUCUACUUGAUUUCAGACUAACAUAGCUAACAACGUCUCUUUAUGCCUGGAACGCCAUGGGACAAAUACCAGCCUUUUGCAACACGUACAUAACCCGCGAGAAAUGCCAUUUACUGGGUCAGCCCAUAGGUCCGUCUUGCCCGGUCUCCUAUGUCGCAGUGGUAGAGAGCGGGUGCAGAAAGGGGAAGCGAACGGGGUAUGACCAGGGGUUUUCCCCCCUUUCCUCUCCCCCUUGCAGCCUCUGGCGUUUAAGGUCUAGGAUUUCGAGGCUGCACCCCGAAUGUCCGAUGUUCAAUCACUACCACUGGGCGACUGAAACCACCCCCCAAUAAGCAUCGCACGUGGAGCACGUCACACGGCUUCACGACCCGCGGGGAGAGGCGCGAAGCCGUGAGUCUUAAUAAUAAAUAUGACACAGGGGGACGAUGCCAGGCAGGGGCUUUGCCGUCUACGGCGGGCGGGCGGGUGAGCCUGCAGGGCAGACGAGGCCGGGGUUUUGCCCCAAAGUGGCAGCGACCGUCCUGAGGAGGGUACGUGGC